UCCGGUUUCUAACUUGUGAUUCUUAUCAUCAAGAUUAUGGCCAGUUGGUCUUAUUAUUUGGUUUAAAAAAUCUCCCACCCUACGGUCCUGCCACUGCACGGACCCUGACCAGCUGUGUGUGGCUAAAGAUUAUUUCCCAAGGUGAAAAUCCAUGUUCGUUUACAAGGUAGCUUUACAGCCCACGCACACUUUAAUUUCAUGUCAUACCCGAAUAUUAAGCACCCUUCAAUAUAAAAAUAGAGCGUUCCCAAUUUUCUUCACAUUCGUCUCUUGAUCUCCGAGGUAUUCAAUCAUCCAAAAAUGAAAUUUACAAUGGUCCUUAUAUGUCUGGUCGCGCUGUGGUCGCUGGCUUGUGGUCAAAUGGCGCGAGUGUACUGCGGCCGGAGACUGGCGCAGACCCUGGCCUUGCUGUGCUCGGAGAUAGAAGAGGAAAGCGCGGUGAAGCGGUCUGAGGGCGCUCUCAGUGGUGCUGCGAUGUACGGCACUCGCGGCUGGCGCUGGGCGGCGCGGGGCGCGGCGCGGGGCAAGAGGGGAGUCGUCGAGGAGUGCUGCGACCAGCCCUGCACGCUCGACACGCUCUUCAGUUACUGCUAGCCUUCGUUGUCAUAGGAUUGACUGAUACUCCAUAAAUAAAUGCAGAUAUAAUAUUAUAAAAUACUUUCAUUACAUUAGGAAAAAUUUCCUUAAAACAGACCUCAAUUAUUAAUUGUUUGAAUUUGUGCACGGAACUACAACCUUGCCUUAAAACAUUACGCAUGGGACCGAAAUAUUAUUGGUGUAUUAAUUAGUGUAGUCGAGGCUUUUUACCUAUCCCUU